CAAAACUCACAUAUGGAUUAAACCGAUUGCUUUAUUUAUAAAAUAUCACUGGUUAAACCUAAAAAUGUACAUUCUGUAAAAUUUAAAUCAUUAGCUUGGAAUCAGAACAAUGAGUGUGACACCCAAGUUGGACGAUCUGGUCCAGUCAGUGUCUCUGUAUACUAGGAUUCCAACCAUUUUCCACUUGUAUUUACUGCCGUUUCUGCUACUCUACUCAGUAUGGAUGUAUUUAUGGAUUGGAUUGUGGGGAUUUUCGGAGCACUAUGAAGGGGGUUUUGUCGGUAUCGCCGCCAUUGCCUGUGUACAAAUACUGGCCAAUUUAGCUUGUUAUUGGUCAGUUCACAUAAAGUGUUUUUUCAGCUGCAAGAAGGAAAAAGACCCGUUGAAGGCGACAAUAGCCAAAGUCGUUCCUACUGCUAACAAUGGCAGCUCGGAAAUUGUUUGGAUCAAUAAAAUACAGCUUCCUGAUCAAGAUCAAAUGAUAUACUUUAUAUUUCAAAAGACCAAGUAUGUAUGGGACGAUAACAAGAAAACAUUUAAAGGCGUUGAAUUUCCCAUUCAUAAAUCAUACGCGGAAUACAACACUUGGAAAGGAUUCCAAGAAGACGCUGACGCAAAGCAGGCUGAAGUAAUUUACAGCAAAAAUGAUAUGGACAUGGUGGUGCCAGAAUUUUCAGAACUGUUUACGGAAAGAGCUACGGCCCCAUUUUUUGUCUUUCAAGUUUUUUGUGUGGGCUUGUGGUGCUUAGACAAGUACUGGUACUACUCAAUCUUCACCCUGGUUAUGUUGGUUCUGUUUGAGUGCACUCUGGUUCAGCAACAAUUACGAAACAUGGCUGAAAUAAGGAAAAUGGGAAACAAACCCUACAAUAUAUUAGUCUAUCGCAAUAGAAGAUGGAGGACAAUGCCAACAGAUGAACUUAUACCAGGAGACAUUAUUUCCAUAGUGCGGUGCCAAAAAGAUAAUCUAAUUCCAUGCGACGUUCUAUUGCUAAGAGGUUCCUGUAUAGUUGAUGAAAGCAUGUUAACUGGCGAGUCGGUGCCGCAAAUGAAAGAGGCCAUUGAAACAUGCGAUCCAAUCAAGAUUUUGGACCCUGACGUCGAUGGAAAGUUUCAUGUGUUAUUUGGGGGCACUAAAGUAGUUCAACACACAUCUCCUUCCAAGUCGACCAGUGGUUUGCGUCCGCCCGACAAUGGCUGCGUUGCUUAUGUAUUGCGAACGGGGUUUAAUACUUCUCAAGGAAAACUGCUGAGAACGAUUUUGUUUGGAGUGAAGAGAGUGACGGCCAACAACAAAGAAAUCUUCGGGUUUAUUCUCUUCCUGUUGAUUUUCGCAAUUGCUGCAGCUGCCUACGUUUGGAAGAAAGGAGUAGAGGACCCCGAGCGAAACCGCUACAACCUAUUUCUGGAAUGCACUCUAAUCUUGACUUCGGUUAUUCCUCCAGAGCUACCCAUAGAGCUAUCCCUAGCCGUCAAUACCUCUAUGUUAGCCCUGUCUAAACUUGGGGUGUUUUGCACUGAACCAUUCCGAAUUCCGUUCGCUGGAAAAGUGGACAUUUGCUGCUUCGACAAGACUGGCACUUUAACCAGUGAUAAUCUGGUGGUAGAAGGAGUGGCUCUUGCAGUGAAUGAUUCAACAGUGACGCCUAUUCAAGAGGUACCCACAGAAACUGUUCAAGUGCUUGCGUGUUGCCAUUCUUUGGCUCAGCUGGAUGAUGGUUUAGUGGGCGACCCUCUCGAGAAGGCCACUAUCACUGCCGCCGAAUGGACUGUUACAAAGGCCGAUUGCGUGAUUCCCAAGAAGGGCAAACUGCCUGGCUUGAAGAUUUUUGUACGGCAUCACUUCUCUUCGCAACUCAAGCGGAUGUCGGUGAUAGCUGGUUACAAUCCACAGGGCUCCACUGACACUGUUUAUAUCUCCGCGGUGAAAGGGGCGCCCGAAACACUGCGAUCCAUGUUUGCUCAGCGUCCCGAGAAGUACGACGAAGUGUACUUGGAACUAUCCAGGCGGGGUGCCAGAGUACUGGCUUUGGGUUUUAAAGAGAUCGGAAAGCUUUCCAGCCAAGAGUUGAGAGACUUAAGCCGCGAGUCGAUCGAAUCCGAGCUCAAGUUUGCAGGCUUUGUGAUAAUAUCGUGCCCGUUGAAAACGCAUUCGAAGAGCGCAAUUAAAGAGAUUCAAAAUGCUUCCCACAAAGUGGUGAUGAUCACGGGGGACAAUCCUUUAACCGCCUGCCACGUGGCUGUGGAACUGCAGUUUACCUCGAAGCCAAUCUUAAUACUUAGUGAAAAUGAAAAGAGUGACUUUGUUUGGGAGUCUAUUCGCAGCACUGUUAAACUGCCGAUAGACCACAAGGUAACGGACUUAACCAGCAACUACGAUUUAUGCGUUACUGGGGACAGCAUCAAACAUCUCAAGAGCAACUACGCUGAAAACUUUGUCAAACUGCUUCCUUUCAUUACCGUUUUCGCCCGAUUUGCGCCAAAGCAGAAAGAACUCGUCAUCACUCAGCUGAAGGCUUUAGGGUUCACCACUUUGAUGUGUGGCGAUGGCACGAACGAUGUUGGAGCUUUAAAACAUGCGGAAGUGGGUGUUGCCAUUCUGGCGAAUGCGCCAGAGCGAUUGCCUGACCAACGGGAAGAACGCAGAAAGCUAGAGGCUCGCGAAGCUGAGAGGAGGCGAGAAGAGAGAGACCGAGUGGCUAGAGGACCUAGAGCGAACAACAUCAGGAACGUCAUAGAGCAGAGGGACCGGCUCCAAAGUAGAGUGAACCGAAUGAUGAAGGAGCUAGAAGAGGAAGAUCAGCUUCAAAUUGUUAAACUAGGGGAUGCUAGUAUUGCAUCUCCUUUUACCAGCAAAUUGUCGUCGAUUACAUGCAUAUGUCACAUUAUCAAGCAGGGAAGAUGUACGCUGGUGACCACGUUGCAAAUGUUCAAGAUAUUGGCAUUAAACGCACUCAUUCUCGCCUAUACCCAAUCUGUUCUUUACCUGGACGGUAUCAAGCUCAGAGACAUGCAGGCAACCCUUCAAGGAUUCCUAUUGGCUGCCAGCUUUCUCUUUAUUUCCAGGUCCAAGCCCUUAAAAACGCUGUCAACACAGAGACCGCUGCCAAAUAUAUUCAACUUCUACACCAUCUCCACAGUAUUACUGCAGUUCAGUGUCCAUUUUAUCUCCCUAAUCUAUCUGGUUCAAAUUGCUAAGGCGAGAACACCGCUUGAAGAAACCAAAGUGAAUUCAACGGGUGCUUCAGCUCCGUUGACCGAAGAGGAGGAAUAUGAACUUUUCAAACCCAACCUUAUCAAUAGCACUGUUUUCGUGAUAUCGCUGGCGCUGCAAUUAUCCACAUUUGCUAUUAAUUACAGGGGAAACCCCUAUAUGGAAAGCUUGAAGGAGAACCGAUAUUUGUUAGGCAGUAUUCUUAUAUCCAGCGGUGUGGUUCUGGUUUUGACUCUGGGAAUCAUGCCUGAACUAUCAGCUCAGUUCGAAAUAAUAGACUUUCCAGACGACUUUAAAUACGUGCUGAUCCUGGUACUAUUCGCGGACUUCUUCUCUUCGUACCUGAUGGACCGAAUAUGCUUAUGGAUUUGCGGCGAGGGCAAAAUGAAGACUUCCUAAUGAAUGAUUUUGUCUAUUUAUUAGAUCAAUUCUGUUUGGCUCCACAUCUAACAAAUUCUGUAAUAGAUAAGUUCUAUAGUG